GUUGAAAGAAGCGAACGCACUGCAACCAAGGUGACCACAAUUCAGGAUUGUAUUAUUUGUGCAGCUGGGUUUUGUGAAAGCUGGGUUUGGGAGAAAGGUCGCUCGGCAAGGCCGCCUGUCCCAGGCCCUGUGUGUUUUCUUCUCGUAGAGCUUGCACUAUAGCUGACGGUCGCACCUCUUGUAGACCUUGCGAACGUGUCGGCGAACACGUUGAACCAGUGCGCAGGAGAGUUUGGCUGGUGGCAGCUUGUACCACCACAUCUACAUACUUUUUGUGAGGGCAGAAGGUAAUCCAAACAACAGUGUAGAACCCACACUCAAUAGCUCCAUCAUUCAGUACGCUCCAUGGCGGCAAGGGCCGCCUACCGGCACAUCCUCCGCACAGUUGAUUCUCACAUCACAAGUGUGAAUAACAACCAGCAAUGGAAGGACCACAUACGCACACUAUUCCGCGCGGGCGCCUCUGAGCCCAACGCCACGGAGGCAGCCAAGAAGAUCGAACUGGCAGAGGACUAUGCGUUUCUGGUGGAGAGUGUGCGACUCCAGAAGGAUCUGCUGAUGUCUUACAACAUCAGCACCGCAAGGGACGACAAAAAUCGGUUAGCUCAAUCCGCAGCUAGGGUCGGGCUUCAGUUGCCAGACUUGACUCCCAGGCACACACCAGGUUGAGAAGCUUUUGCUAGAAGCUUAUAGAUUUCUUAUUUGCUAUGAAGCGAGAUUAAUUCACUACUUGCACGCUGGACCACAUGGUAGGUCCUUAACCGACGGGUCUAACUUAGUCCAAUCAGCAGAGGUCCGAAUGUUUGUUGCUGACUCACACGCGCGCAUGUGAUGUAAGUGGGAGUUGGAACGUCGCAUUUGUCGAAUGCAAGGUCACUACUCUAGGAAAGGCAGCCUUCGCUCUGAAGAGUCAGCAAUUCAAUGCUUCAGGGCACCUAUAAUCGGCAGGCCGCAUAUAGGAACGCGGAGACAAACGACGGUGUCAUAUGGGGCCGCCAAAUGAAUUAUUAGACGCUUCCGUCGAAUCAGGCUAUGCACGUAUUACCUGUACGUGGCACUGACACUGACAUACCGCCCAUUGAAAUUGCUUUCAGCG